UAUUAUCCCUGAAUUCAUUGGUAGAAACAAAAAUUAUAUUCCUUUAUUUAAAUAACACUUUAGUUUGCUUAGUACAACAUAUCGAGAAAAAAAAUGCUAUAUUGUUAACAAUUAGUAAUUGCAAAUUGCUAUAUGUUAAUAACUAGGCACAGAUCUCGUUAUACAUAGAGAGAUAGAUAUAAGAAACAGAGAAGAGCACAGAUCUGAGAUCUCAGUGGACAUGAAGUCUUUGUUUAUAUUUUAUACAUAGAGAGAGAUACAAUAUAAGAAACAGAGAAGGCCUAUGCACAGAUCUCAACUAAAUUCUCAAUGGAGUUAGAAAAAGUUCACGUGGUUUUGUUCCCAUACUUGUCCAAAGGGCACAUGAUUCCUAUGCUCCAAUUAGCUCGUCUCCUCUUAUCCCACUCCUUCGCCGGAGACAUCUCUGUCACCGUCUUCACCACUCCUUUGAACCGUCCUUUCGUUGUUGACUCACUCUCCGGCACCAACGCGACCAUCGUCGACGUCCCUUUCCCCGAUAAAGUCCCGGAGAUCCCACCCGGCGUCGAGUGCACCGACAAACUCCCUGCUUUGUCGUCCACCCUCUUCGUUCCUUUCACUAGAGCCACCAAGUCAAUGCAGGCAGACUUUGAGCGAGAACUCAUGUUACUGCCACGUGUCAGUUUCAUGGUCUCAGACGGUUUCUUGUGGUGGACGCUAGAGUCAGCUCGAAAGCUAGGGUUUCCUCGGAUUGUUUUCUUGGGUAUGAACUGCGCUUCCACCGUUAUAUGUGACAGUGUUUUUCAAAACCAGCUUCUAUCUAAUGUUAAGUCCGAGACGGAGCCCGUUUCUGUACCCGAGUUUCCGUGGAUUAAGGUUAGGAAAUGUGAUUUCGUUAAAGAUAUGUUUGAUUCAAAAUCCACCACAGAUCCUGGAUUCAAGCUUAUCCUAGAUCAAGUCACGUCUAUGAAUCAAAGUCAAGGUAUCAUAUUCAACACGUUCGACGACCUUGAACCCGUGUUUAUAGAUUUCUACAAGCGUAAUCGCGAGCUCAAGCCCUGGACACUUGGACCGCUUUGUUGUGUAAAUAACUUCUUGGAGUAUGAAGUAGAAGAGAUGGUCAAACCUAGUUGGAUGAAAUGGCUUGAUAAAAAGCGAGACAAGGGAUGCAAUGUUCUCUACGUGGCUUUCGGGUCACAAGCCGAGAUCUCGAGGAAACAACUAGAGGAGAUUGCGUUAGGGUUGGAAGAAUCGAAGGUGAGCUUCUUGUGGGUGGUCAAAGGAAAUGAAAUAGGAAAAGGGUUUGAAGAGAGAGUGGGAGAAAGAGGAAUGAUGGUGAGAGAUGAAUGGGUUGAUCAGAGGAAGAUAUUAGAGCACGAGAGUGUUAGAGGGUUCUUGAGUCAUUGUGGGUGGAAUUCUAUGAUGGAGAGCAUUUGCUCAGAGGUUCCAAUCUUGGCGUUUCCUUUAGCGGCAGAGCAACCUCUGAAUGCGAUAUUGGUGGUGGAAGAGCUGAGAGUGGCGGAGAGAGUGGUGGCAGCGAGUGAAGGACUUGUGAGAAGAGAAGAGAUUGCAGAGAAAGUGAAGGAGUUGAUGGAGGGAGAGAAAGGGAAAGAGCUAAGGAGGAAUGUCGAGGCAUAUGGUAAGAUGGCGAAGAAGGCUUUGAAGGAUGGAAUUGGUUCGUCUUGGAAGAAUUUAGACAACCUUAUCAACCAGUUUUGUAACAAUGGAACAUGAUGAUGUUGACAAAUGACAACUAUUAUAUUUUAAAGGUGCUAUUAGAACAUGUAUUUGAGCCUGAAUUUAGAAACCUGUAUAAAUGUUAAACCAAUUUGAGCAUAAAUUUGGAAAGUCAGAUUAAAAAGUCACUUAUCUAUAUAUGGGCCUACAGCAGGCCCAAAAUGAUGGGUCUUUUUAUAUAAAUCAAAGUAUUGUUGUAGUAUUGAGACAAAAUUAACGUUGGAAACAAAGCAUGGUUGUUAAACUAGUGUAGUAUAAGAAUGGUUGAAAGUAAUUUAGCAAAAUUGACUGUAUUGCCUAAAACUAAUUCAGCAAUUAGACCCGCAAGCAGGUAGAGAAGUCAUCAUACCAACAAAAAAACAUAUACGAAGGGGCCAAUCGUUCGCUCUUGCAAGUUGCAACCGUCGCGCUUCCGAUUCCGCCGAGAUUGCUUCGUCCGUUUUCAGAUCGAGCUCGUUGUUUUCAGACGAUCGGAGCUUUUCCGCUCUUGGCCUCUUUGAGAGUCGUUUGAUAU